GUUUCAGAGUCAGCUUGGUAGUAAAACACAAAAUAAAACCAAACUGUUGUAUGGGUCACAAGUCUAGCAGAGCAUCAGGUGAAUGGGACCAGUCUUUCUUCUCAAAGAUCAGAGGUUAAGCACUUGGAAAGAAGAUUUUGCCAAGAUGACCCAUCUACAGGCUGGACUCAGUCCAGAGACUAUAGAGAAAGCUCGCCUGGAACUAAAUGAAAACCCAGAUGUUUUGCAUCAAGACAUUCAGCAAGUCAGGGACAUGAUCAUCACCAGGCCUGACAUCGGGUUUUUACGUACAGAUGAUGCCUUCAUCCUGAGAUUUCUCCGAGCCAGGAAGUUUCACCAAGCAGAUGCCUUUAGACUCCUGGCUCAGUACUUCCAGUACCGCCAGCUAAACCUGGACAUGUUCAAAAACUUCAAAGCUGAUGACCCUGGUAUUAAGAGGGCUCUCAUUGAUGGAUUUCCUGGAGUGCUGGAAAACCGAGAUCACUAUGGCAGGAAGAUUCUUCUGUUGUUUGCUGCCAAUUGGGAUCAGAGUAGGAACUCCUUCACAGACAUCCUCCGUGCCAUCCUACUGUCUUUGGAAGUCCUUAUUGAAGAUCCAGAGCUUCAGAUCAAUGGCUUUAUUUUAAUUAUAGACUGGAGUAAUUUUUCCUUCAAACAAGCUUCCAAACUGACCCCAUCGAUCCUCAAACUGGCCAUUGAAGGGUUGCAGGACAGCUUUCCUGCCCGCUUUGGAGGAGUCCAUUUUGUCAACCAGCCUUGGUACAUUCAUGCCCUGUACACGCUCAUCAAGCCAUUCCUUAAAGACAAAACCAGGAAGCGGAUCUUCCUGCAUGGAAACAAUUUAAACAGUCUUCACCAAUUAAUACAUCCUGAAUUUUUGCCCUCUGAGUUUGGAGGAACUCUUCCUCCUUAUGACAUGGGGACUUGGGCCCGGACAUUACUUGGUCCUGACUACAGUGAUGAAAAUGACUAUACUCAUACUUCCUAUAAUGCAAUGCAUGUGAAACACACAUCCUCAAAUUUGGAAAGAGAAUGCUCACCAAAACCAAUGAAAAGAUCUCAGUCUGUGGUAGAAGCUGGGACCUUGAAGCACGAGGAGAAGGGAGAGAAUGAGAACACGCAGCCGCUGCUGGCUCUGGACUGAACCCAAGUCGCCCUUUGCUCCUGCACAUCGCCAACCUUCAGUGGUGUCAGCCACCCUGGAAGCACAUGCGCCAUUGACCUACAUAGACACGUGCGUUCAGCUUGACACCGGUCCUCACUUCUGCCACCCAGUAAAGACUGUCACCAGCUAUUGGUCUGAGCAGCCAAAUAAAGACUUGAGAGAGGUUUUUUCCCCCCACC